AUGUAUUUGGGCUCAGCGGCCGCCUUCAUCAAUCAUGAUAUCGAGCGAGCCAACGUGCAGGUCUUCGUGAAGGAGGGUGUGGCUCGCCUCGCGACCAUUCGGCCUGUGGCUGCAGGAGAAGAGCUCUUUUUGGACUACAGGCUGAUGCAUAUAUCCCCGGAAGUCCAGCUUUACUGCGCGCGCUACGGACUCACGGACGUUUACACGAUGUCGAUGCAUCUAAGUCCGCCUCUUCACCAUCCAGGCGGUUUGGAAUUGUGCGAGCUCCAGGUUCACAACAAGCAGUUCGAAAACCAGGUUCUUGCUGGCUAUUGCAAGCUUCAAACAGAAGUCUAUGCCAUGGCAGAAGAGAAGGUCGAAGCCGUGCGGCAGCUCAUGGCGCGAAUUCUUUCGGGCUCUCUGUUGGGCAAGAUCUACUAUGCUGGAGGGACCGCAACCGGCAUGCUGGGCAGUGGCAUCGUGUUCAAGACGAAAGACCAAGCCGUGAGCCCGGAUGGCAGCUACGCGCAGGAGAAGCAGCCAUACGUAUGGGUGCAUUUCAUCUACGUUGAGCGGCAUGCCAGGAAUGCUGGCAUCAGCGGCUUGAUUCUCGAUGCCGCUGAAGCCUUUGCCAAGCAGAUGGGAUGCAUCUCUUUGCGUGCUGAUGUAGCUUGCCAUAAUGGCAGCAUUGCCAGGCUCUUGCGGACGCGGUCAUACCAGCCAGAAACAACCGUGUGGAUCAAGGUUGCGGCAAAGCUUUGA